AUGAUGAAAGGACCUGAUGCCUUAGUUAUCAAUGGAGAGUAUCUUCAUAUGCGGUGUUGUGCUCACAUCUUAAACUUGAUUGUGAGGGAUGACUUAUCUAAGGCAAAAACGAGUAUAUUGUCUAUCAGAAAUGCCAUUAAGUAUGUGAGAUCAUCUAGAGACAGGCUGAAAUCGUUUUUUCUGCGGGUUGAGACAGGGAAUGUAAGUCGAGGAAGCUUAUGUCUUGAUGUUGCAACCAGGUGGAACUCGACUUAUCUAAUGCUCGCAGCCACAAUUAAGUUUAGGGUUGCAUUUGAAAAGAUGCUGGCUGAAGACAAUCUCUAUAACGAGUACUUCAUGGAGACUGAAGAGAAUGCUGAAGAGAAUUCUGAAGGGGAUACGGGUGAGAAUGGUCGAAAGUGUGUUGGUCCACCUACUUUUGCUGAUUGGGAGCAGGUGCAGAGGUUAGUUAAAUUUUUGAAGAUCUUUUUCAAUUGCACUUUGUCCUUCUCGGCUACAAAAACAGUGACCUCUCCUGUUUGUUACAAUGAGCUGGUGAUCAUUAAGAGGAAUCUGAUCAACCUAAGCAUUAAUGGUGAUUUGCUACUAAAUACUGAAGCUAUGAUUAUGAGGGCAAAGUUUGAAAAGUAUUGGGAUGGUCUCAACAACAUGAAUCUGCUUCUUUAUGGCAAAGACAAUGUGGAAAGUACUCAUCUAAGAUCGUCUAUUAAGAGUGUGAUGAAGCUGAUGUAUGGAGAGUAUGUGGUGAAGCUGAGUGGACAUGAGCCUGGAAACUCAACCAAUGGUGGAACCAUUACUGAACCUGGACUGACAACCAAUGAUCUGUUUGAUUUGUCAGAUGACGGUUGUUAUGAGAGAAUGGAUAUGUUGUACUCUGAGAUGGUUGCUGAAACUUCAAAUGAGGAAUGUAGCAGUGAGCUUGAUAUUUACUUAUUGGAGAGACCUGUGAUAAGAACUCCAGCUGUUUUAGGAAUGGACUUUGAUAUUUUAUCUUGGUGUAGGCGUAACAGUUCAAAAUUCCCAGUCUUAUCCGAGGUAGCUAGAGAUGUCCUCGCCAUUCAAGUUUCAUCAGUUGCUUCUGAAUCUGCCUUCAGCACAAGUGGUCAGAUUUUGGACCCUUAUCGAAGCUCUAUGUCACCACACAUGGUUGAAACUUUAGUUUGCAAUCAACAAUGGCUGAGGAAUACCAUUUCUGCUGAGAAAUUAGCCAGCUUAGUUCAGAUGUUUGAGGAAUUGCAGUUUCAUGAGUCCUUAGCUUCACAGAGUGAGGGACACCCAUCCGCACAUCCAUGA